GUGGUGAUGACGCAUUGGAGACAGCUGAUUGCAGGUCACUGGAAGCUGAUGCUGUCAUAAAAGCUGUGAAGUUGUUAUCCUGUCCAGUAAAGAAAACUUAAUUCGUCCUCUUGCAUACAGUCACAAGAUGAGUCAGACAUUUAAAUACUGCAAAAAUCUGAUGGUGACCGGAGCUAACCGAGGCCUCGGUCUGCAAUUAGUCAAGAGUCUGGUAACAGGACGAUUUUCUCCAGGCAAGAUAAUCGCUACUGCUCGGAGUCCAGCCAUGGUAACGCUCCAGCCAGUUUGACUGUGUAGAGAUGGCAGGCUAGAUGGCUCAGCACAUACCGACUGUGGUGAAACUGUAGUAUAAGCAGUAUAAAUAUGACAAGAGCUAUUAUCAUAUUAAACGGAGGGAACAGUAUCUGACAAUGACUUAAUCAGCAUUUGUGUGUGUAUUGUUCAGGGGCCAUUUAAUAAUUUUUUGUCCCUACCACUUUUCAAAACAAAGUUACGACACUGUCCACCACCCACAUGUUUCUUUAUACGUUUUUAUAAAAAACAACUUUGAUUCAUAGGAAUUGCAAGGGCUUGUAGAAGAGCAUCAGAACAUACACAUCAUUAAACUUGGUAAGUACAAUAUCAUCACUUUGUAGUGCACAGUAUGCUUAUUUGAAAUUGAUGUUUACCUGAUAAUGUUGUGUAAUUGUGGGUUUCUUUCUUACCAGAUGUAACCAGUCAGGAGAGCAUUGAGAGAGCCUCAUCUGAGGUGGAAGAGCUUGUUCUAGAGGAUGGUCUUAACUGUCUCAUUAACAAUGCUGGAAUUAAUGUUGUGGCCAAUCUUGAUGCAGUCACUGCAGACAAAAUGCUGGAAAACUUUCAUACCAACUCUGUUGCCCCGCUGAUGCUCACCAAGGCCAUGCUCCCGUUGCUGAAGCGAGCAGCUGCGAAGGAAACUGGUAUGGGCAUCCACAGAGCAGCAGUCAUCAAUAUGUCCUCUCUGCUGGGUUCAGUACAGCUUAACUGUGGUGAACAAGCCAACAGUUUUAAAUGGUACCCCUACAGAGCAUCUAAGAGUGCUCUUAACAUGAUCACCAGAUGUUUGGCAGUCGACUUUGAGGAACAUGGAAUCCUGUGUGUGGCUCUGCAUCCCGGCUGGGUACGCACUGAUAUGGGAGGUCCAGACGCACCACUGAGCACAGAAGAGAGCAUUGCCUCUGUGUUGAAUGUGAUUGGCGGUUUGUCAGAACGGGAUCACGGUUCAUUUCUUCACUAUAAUGGCGAGGAACUGCCCUGGUGAAGCUGUAGAUGUUUGUUAGGAUGUGAG